GCAGUUUAAAACUCGGGGGCUGUGUCACCUUCUGUCAUCCAGCAGAAGUACUGCUUGCAUCCUGCAUUCUCCUCCCACAGCAACAACAGCUGCACGCCGUGGACUCCAAAUGCGGACUACCUGGAAGACUGAGUUACUGUGAGUGGGGAUGCACUUUUUUCAUUUCACAUUUUGUACGGAAACUUUUCCCACAAGCUCAGCAAUGGCAAAGUGGUUUAUCCAAACAUUGCAUGUACUGAUGAUUUUGGAGCCCACUUGGAGUAAAAUGUCUGAGGAUGUGAGAGAAGUCAUGCGUCAAAGUGGUCAUGUAGCGUCGGAGCAGCGCGUCUUUACGCACGCAAGCUCCAGCAGCAGGGACAUGGUCUCCAUCAGUAUGUUUAAAGUCUACGAGAGAUACAGCGAGGAGACAAGCAGUCACAAGGAGGGAAACACCGUGAGAAGCUUCACAUCUGUCCCGAGAGUGUUGCAUGGAAAAGAAAUGUUCCAGUUCAACUUGUCGUCCAUCCAAGACUCAGAGGUCAUCCUGUCUGCCUCCUUCCACUUCUUCUACAAACGUCAACACCAACGUUUGUGGCGUUUCCGAAGACCCCGCCGCCCGUCUGCCACCAUCCACCGUCACCCUUCGGUCCUCUUCCAUGGAUUCUUUCCCAACUCUGCUUCCGCAACGCUUCUAGGAAACAUAACUCUGACCUCCUUUAAGAAAGGAGCCUGGCAGUCAGGGGAUGUUACGAGCAUCGUCAAACAAGGCAGGGAUGCGAAAGAUCAUGUCAUCGUGGUGGAAUCCGAUUUGCUUUUAGGAGCAAUGCAGCAGAGGAGUCGUAACGACCAGGAGCGUCUCUCUGCAGAAAAUAUGCCUUUCAUUAUUCUCUAUGCUGAUGACCAAGCCAUAAACGAGCCCAACAGCGUGGCCGCCACCCUCCAGAGGUAUGGACCCUUCACAGUGGGGGAAGAUGCAACUACAUCAUCUUCAAGGAUUCGGAGGGAGCUCCAUCUCCAAAUCCAAACCAAUGACAUCCCAGAGGUGCAGUUCAGCACCUUAAAGAACCACGAGCUGUGGCAAAGCACUUAUUUUCCUGCCAAAUCCAUAGCCAAAACGGGAAGGAAGCAAAACCAAGAGGGCCGUGAAGCCGUCAGCAAACACCAGGUGCUGAGUUUUGAUGAGAGGACAAUGAAGAAGGCAAGGAGGAGACAGUGGAGUGAGCCCAGGGUUUGCUCAAGGCGCUACCUCAGGGUGGACUUUGCUGACAUUGGAUGGAACGAGUGGGUUUUAGCACCUAAGUCAUUUGACGCCUACUACUGCGCUGGUUCCUGUGGAUUCCCCAUCCCUAAGGUGGUACGACCUUCCAAUCACGCAACAAUCCAGAGCAUCGUCAGAGCUGUGGGAAUCGUGCCGGGUAUUCCAGAACCGUGCUGCGUACCAGAAAAGAUGAGUCCUCUCAGUGUGCUUUUCCUGGACCCCAAUAGGAAUAUGGUACUCAAGGUUUACCCGGGCAUGUCUGUGGAUACCUGUGCCUGUCGGUAGGAGCCGACAUUUUAUUUUCCCCAGACAGACCUUCUGUGAUGACAAGAGGGAUUUACUUUUUUGAGCCCUGGACAGCUUUGGUGGCUGUAUGAUGUCAAAAGUCAAAGACUGAAGUCAACAGACUCACAUAGCACACUUGACAAUUCAUUUACAUUGUUUCAACUUAACCUUUUUUAUACACAAAGUCAUUUAACACAGCCCGUAUAAUUAUAAAAAAGUCAUUAAUGCAUGAGAGGUAAUAUUUUGUGUAUACUGAAUAUAAUAACUGCAUUUUUACAGCUAGUUUUUGCUGCAAGCUGCAAGAUGGAGGGGACAUUUGUGUGUUGCUGCCACCUGCUGUGCAUUUGUAACAUUGCAGGGGAUGCAGCAAGGGCGCUUCCUCACUUUAACAAUAUUAAUAAAACAUUACUCGUGGUUAUCCAAUACAAUAUGUAAGUUUUACAAUAUGUACAGUAAGUAGUCUAAAAACGCUAUUUGUAUCAUCACUUGUUAUAUGCAGUACUUUUGUUACUGUAGUUUGAGGCUUGACUAAUUUUACAGUAGCUUGUAUGCUUGUCAAGGUAAUAAAGUAACUGUAAUUAAUUUAAAGAAUUUUUUUUUUCUUGCAUUUGUUCAGCACGAAAUGAUCAUGUUGAUUAUCUCAAUAUUAAAAGUGAUACAGUCAUCCCUCGUUUAUCGCUGUUAAUUGGUUCCAGACCUGAAAGAAAAGCCGUGAAAUUUGGGCAGAUUUUUCUAAAGUUUGCUUCUUCCCGCUGUGUUUGUUUUCCUCGAAUGUCUGCAUUAUUUAACCAUGCCAGUGUCUUUUGUCAUUGACAUCCAUCACUUUUAGACUGCAUAGUGGGUACUUUUAAACGCAUGAAUGGGCCACUGAAAGUGAUUUUGUUUUUACAAAACCCUGCAUGAAUCCGGCCAGGGUUGAAAGAAAAAAAAUGCAUGAAGAUAGGCCAGACUCGGGCCAAUGUCCCCAGACACAUUGGCUUGAUCCCCGGAACC